AAGGCCCUAAGCCUUAUAUAAAAAACUUAAAAUUCAUAUUUUAGUUGCAUUGAUCUUGAUAAAGCAUUUUGGGCCUAAAAUCCUAAGGCCCUAAGCCUCCGUGACUGACCAUCCUCUAGUAUUCACACUAUUUUUUGCAGGACGCCUAAAACCUCCACGUUCUCCUUUUUCUCAGCCUCCACAACCGCUCUUUUAGUUUCAGCUUGCCGUGUAUCCCAAACUACAUUCAACUCCGCAGUACAUAAAGAGUUCACCAACAAUAACGUGACUGCUCCUAACUUUUUUGAUCAUCUGAUUAUUGAUUUUGUCAUGGAUCCAGACUCUUUAGCAACCACGGCCACCAAUGCACCUAGGAAGGUGAGGUUUGCACCAAAAGUUCCUCCACGCAGAGACCAAAAGACUGUCGUCACCAAAGUUGAGAAGGUUGAAGAUGCCGUUGAUGCUGCUCAGGCUGAGGAACUAUUACGCCGGCUUAAUGUAUUUGUGCUCUCCCAUCACAGUUGUUUGAUUCUUCAUGCUGGACCGGCACAUGUGGCAUUUGGCUAUGGAGGCUCAUCACCUUCAAUGAGGUCAUAUGGUGCUCCCAAGGGUGUAAGCACACAUCAUAGUUCAUAUCCUAAUGCUGGAGGUGCUAUGCGUAGGGUGCAGAAAGAAUACAAAGAACCAUGGGAUUAUUAUACCAAUUAUCCUGUAACACUUCCUUUAAGGAGACCAUACUCGGGGGAUCCAGAACAUCUUGAUCAAGAGGAAUUUGAUGAGGCCUCAGAAAGCUUGAACUAUGAUGAAUGCUCCACAAAUGCUGCUGUAGAGCUUGGUCUAACGGAAGGAAAGGAAACCAUGUUGUUUCUUCAAUUACCUGCAAGCAUGCCUAUGAUAAAGCAAUUGCCUAAUACGGCUGGCAGUGAGAUGGCAGAUACUUCUAAACCAACAAAGAGUGGAGAACUUUUGCAGAAGUCCUGUAGUUUGGAUGAGUUGCCAGCAGGAUUUAUGGGUAAAAUUUUAGUUUACAGGAGUGGCGCUGUCAAGCUGAAGCUUGGUGACAACCUUUAUGAUGUUUCGGUAGGUUUGGAUUGUGUAUUUGCACAAGAUGUUGUUGCCAUUAACGAUGAAGAAAAGCAUUGUUGUACUGUGGGGGAGCUCGAUAAGCGCGUCAUCAUAACCCCAGAUGUGGACUCGAUGUUAGAUGGAAUGGCUGACUUGUAGUAUAUGCACUUGUUAAGCCAUGUUCUUUUGCAGAGCAAUUUAUUUCAUCCUUUAAAAUGGAUUUGUUGCGGUCAGAACAUCCAUUCAUGAUGUAAAACAAACAAACAAAUUUCAGAAUUAUUUUUACACAAGGAAAUGAAUAAUCACAAAUUGUCAGAAU